AUGGAUUCUACCCAUUUGACUGCGGAGGUCAGUGACGAGAAUUUCGAGAAUUGGAGCAAAGCUUUGACCAUCAUGCACGAAGACGAGCGCUUCUAUGAGUAUCUAAUCAAGCAGUUCUUGGAGGCGUUCCCGGAGAUUCCGCCGCAUGGAUCAAGUCUCGGGGUGGUUUUCGGAGGAGGCCUCCUGGGGAUCGGUGCCGUCCGUUGCCUUUUGUCAAAGUGA